UGUACUCUACAAAGGAGGGGACCAUAAUAGCGACUGGUGUAUCCUAGAGAAACAUAUAUGCUUUAACAAAAAUCUUUACUUCCCCAUAUUUAAUUUGUUUUUCCCAAUUAAUUACUACCUUCAAAAUCCACAAUCAAAACUAGUACUUUUGUUAAUGAUUUUUCAAUGACAAUAUUUUCCCCUUUAUCCAUUGCCACCUCUACUUGUACUUGCAAUAAAAACCCAAUUCACAUACCAAAAUGUAAUUUCCUUCCAAAAUCACUUCUACCCAUCAAAAUUUACUACUUAAGAUGCACAAAGAUUGGUGCUUUUAGUCAAAAUAUGUUGAAAAAGAAGCUAUAUGCUUAUAGAAAUGGGUUUUUACAUGGUGUAAGAACAAACAAAGAUGGGAUUUUAGGGGGAGAGAAGAAGAGAUUUAGGGUUCAAAAGAGGGUAGUAUUGGUUAAAUUUAAUCAAGGUUUUAAUUUUAAUGGUGGAGGUGGAGGUGAUAGGAGAGGUGAUGGUACAACUGCAAGGGUUUUGGGUAAUCUUGCUUUAGCUGUGGGAUUGACUUAUCUUACUAUGACUGGCCAACUUGGUUGGGUUCUUGACACUAUUGUUUCCCUUUGGCUUCUGGCGAUUAUUUUACCUAUUGUUGGCAUAGGAGUAUUCCUCUGGUGGGCGGGGAGAGACAUAGUUCAAAGCACAUGCCCAAACUGUGGUAAUCCAUUUCAGGUUUUCAAGUCAACUCUACAGGAUGAAGUUCAAUUGUGCCCCUACUGCAGUCAACCCUUUUCAGUGGAAGGAAAUGAGUUUGUGAAAGAACCUAUCCAAUUCUCCAAGCGCUCUUCUCCGUUUGGGCAACCGUUUGACGACCUUUUGACUCAGUCUAAAACAGGAAAGAACGCUUCCAAAUUUGUAGUAGAUGUUGAAGCCGAAGUGAAAGAUGCGGAAUGAAAGACUUGGUUUGUCGCUGUGUCAAAUUAAUAUUAUGUUCUAGCAUCUUAUCCUUAACAUCCAUCUAGAGGUGUUCAUUCGGGUCAUCAAGUUGAUUUCGGGCUGGGUGUUUUGGAUCGGUUUAAAAUCGAGUUGAGCUUACAUAGAUUGCGCUGCUGUGCAAUCCAGGUUGGUGUUGUGAAUCCCAUUUUUAGAGUAUAAACGUUUUAAGGAUGUAUAUAAUGUAUACUGCAUCGUCUGGUUACAGAAACUGAAUUUGCUCGUCAAAAAGAAAACAGUUUACAUGAUUUGAACAUGUAUGAUUACUUCAUCAUAAAAUUGUAAUUUGCAUACUUGUAGAAUGUAUAUGUAGUAAAUUUUGUUAUCUUGAA